AAAUCAACACAAAGAACCAGUUCAAAACUCGGUUGGUUCGCUGUUCGAACAGCACUACUUCGGCUUCCGUAGCUGAAAUUAUCCUUACUACACUUUCUUCCAGGCAUUUAUCGUUAAAUUUUCCUUUCCUUUUCCUUUCCAAAAGAAACGCAUAUUUUAACGCGAGUCAGGUAACGUACAACUACACCCGGAAGGAAGGAGCAAAGGACUAAAACACGCCUGAAAUCAGACACAUCAUGUCAGGGGAAAGUAGUGGUAGUGGCGAGGACUCCGACCAAGAAACCCGCCGUAAAGUUUGCACCGUUAAACACGAGAUCACUAAUGCAAACCUCACAGGAUACACUGAGAAAGUUGGCAUGCAGAACUUUGAACUUCUCAAAGUGCUUGGCACUGGAGCUUACGGGAAAGUGUUCCUGGUCAGAAAAAUCAGUGGCCACGAUAAAGGCAAACUCUAUGCCAUGAAGGUUCUGAAGAAAGCAGCCAUUGUUCAGAAGGCAAAGACUGCUGAGCACACUAGAACAGAGCGGCAGGUACUGGAGCACAUCCGCCAGUCACCCUUUCUGGUCACCCUCCAUUACGCCUUUCAGACGCAAACCAAACUGCAUCUCAUACUAGGUAAGCACAGGAUACAGACGUCAUCCUGAUUCUCUUGUGCGUGCUGUUUUAUGGAUGGCAUCUAUAUCAUAGUUGUGUUUCAAGUAGGACUGGCGUGCAAUCAUCCAGCAGCAAUGUUAAUUUCGACAGCAAAUUUUGAUUGAAUUUUAGUCAAAACUAAAAUUUUGAUUUAGUUGUAGUCAAAACUAAAACUAAUUUUAGUCUUUGGACUAAAAUGCCAUUUAGUUCCAUCCAUAUUUUAGUAAUCUGAAUUGUUUUAGUCUAGUUUUAGUCAGCUAUACAUCAUAAAACUUUAGUCGACUAAAUCUACAGUAGAUUUAGUUGUCUAAAAUUAGAUGGGUUCUUGUUACAGCGUGAUGCAUUUAUUAUUUUCUAACAUUUCCAAACUCAUAUGUUCUCUGAGAAAACAUAUCAAUGAUAUUAAGGUUUGAAUAUGGAAUAUAGACCCAGAUUUAACUACUGUGACACAUAACGUCUUUAUCUCAAAAUUAAAUAAAACCACUUCUCAUAAAGAAACAAGAAUAUGGUCCUCUUUUCAAUGAAAAAACAAAUGGUUAUAUAUAUUAUUUGAACUUGUAUUCAACAGCCAGACAUUUAUUUAUAGCAGACAUAUUUAUUUAUAUACAUUAAACGGUUAGUUCACCCCAAAAUGAAAAUUAGCCCAUGAUUUACUCACCCUCAAGGCAUCCUAUGUGUAUAUAGCCUUCUUUCAGAUGAAUCCAAUCUGAGUUUUAUAAAAAAUUGUCCUGGCUCUCCCAAGCUCUGAAAAGGCAGUGGGCAGGUGUUUUUGUUCAACAGUCCAAAAUAUGUGCAAUAAAGCGUAUCCAUCCAUAAUAAAACAUGCCUCACACGGUUCUGGGGGGUGAAUGAAGGCCUCCUGUAGCUAAUUGAUGCAUCUUUAUAAGAAAAAAAAAAAUCCUUAUUUGAAAUGUUAUAGGCACUCUUCUCUUACUUCCGAUGACUGUCAUAUGUGCAAGCCGUUCUGGGCAGAUGACAUUGGACAGGGGUGUCCAAACUCAGUCCUGGAGGGCCAGUGUCCUGCAGAGUUUAGAUCCAACUUGGCUCCACACACUUGCCGCAAAGUUUCUAUUGUGCCUAGUAAGCUUGAUUAGUUCAGGUGUGUCUGAUUGGGGUUGGAGCUAAACUCUGCAGGACACCAGCCCUCCAGGAAUGAGUUUGGGCACCCCAGACGUAGAACGUAUGCGUAGUGCUUAAGUUCACUGUAGUGUUUGGCUGCUGAAAAAAAUUGUCCUACAAUAAAAAACAAAAAAAAACUUCCAAUGGUAUGAGAUGAGCACAGCUUUCACUCUCAACCAAACUAAGGGUGUAUUCACACCUGUUUUGUUUGGCUCUAUUGAAUCAAGCUAAACUUUACAAUAUCAUACUAAGUAUAAACAUAAAUACAUAAAUAAAUUGUGAUAAUAAACAAAUGUGACUUACAGUCACCUGAAGAAUAACACAAAAUGUAAUUAGAAAUUAAAUCAACAAAAAAGUUUCAUUAACCCCUGGAAUAUGCUAGUCUUGCAAGAUUGUUUACAGGAUCAAAGGAAGCAAAGUUUCCUUACUUUAGCAAAGAAAAGCAAAUCCUCAUUUUAUGCUUUUGAUUUGUGACUUGGAUUUUGAUCUCCUCCCUGCUACUGCGUUCAUCACUUCUCACUGGCGCAUUGGCUAUGUCUACAUCCUGUGUCAUCCGACCUGAACUGCUUCUGCAUACAACAUUUAGUUACAUUUUAAAUAUGGAUGUUUUUCUUACAUAAAUGCAUCGUCUUGCCACAGGUUUCAGGUACAGAUUCAACCCCCACGCUUUUGUAGCAGAAAUGAGUCGAACCAGACAAAUCAAAGAGUCUAUCAGAGCUGUGUGCAUUGAAACGAGAGCCGAACUCCUCAAGAAAAAGUAAUACAGUUCUAGUGCCACAAGAACCAAGCAAGAUAACCAUAACAUAAGCAUAACUGCUUUUUAUACAUUAUAUAUGGACCAGAAUGAACUCAAAAAGACUUCUAAAUGAAUCGUUCCAUUGCUUAACUCCAUAUUCAUUUAUGUGUAACCCACACAUUUGACUAUCAUGUAUAAUCACUUAUUGUGUAUGUCUUUUGAUUACUAUAGGAUACAUAGUCAUGUCUAGUAUUGAUAUAAUCGAAUUUUCUUGCUUGAUAUUGUCCUGACAAUCAUUUAUUUGUAAAAUAUAUCAUAAUCAUGUUAUAGGAAUCAUGUCCAAAAUUAGACCCUGUGAGGCAAGAACCACAUGCUUGGUAAGAUAAACAAAUGAUUUAUGAUACCCCAGACCCAAGGCCAUAUCUGAUUAAGAUUCUUAAUUUUUGUUUGCAAAAAGCAAAUUUAUUUUCCUCAAUACUUAAAUUUUCAUUUGCAAAACUUUAUUUUCUUUUGCAAAACGUAAUUUUUUUGCAUAUAUAUAUACAGCGUUAUUUUGACUCCCUAGAUUAAUCCUUAUUAAUUCAGUAUAAAAAAAAAAGAAGUGAAUGAUUUUCUCUCUUUUUUUGUUGAUUAAUUACUGGUAAGAAUACAGGCAACAAAAUUAGGCUGCUGCCC